GAUCUUAUUCCUUACGCCACACAUGCAACAGCCGACCAUGGCCGCACCUGUCGCCUCCGACCUCUUCUCUUGAAUUACUACUCGGCCCACCUCUUUCGUCCACUACUAGGGAAUACUAACUAGCAAGCCAUGAAUCCCUUACACCGAUCAUCAGCACUAUUGCUACAGCUCUUGCUAUCAUUGGCCUGUUGUUGGCAAGGCAGCUGGGGCUACCCAUUGAUUUUGCAGGUAUCCGAGCAGCAAGAAAGAUGCUUUAAAUUCAACAUUCCGGAAGACGAUGAUGCUCAUUUGGUAUUUUUGGCCCUGCCUCUUGGGGAAGAAGUAUCCGAAAAUAGCAAAGAUGGUGGCGCCCAUAUGGAAAACUGGGUGGUCGAACAAAUCAUCGAAAUGUCCAACCAACGAAGUGCCGGAGGGAAUUUGCCGACCCAGUUACCAGCAAAUCCACCCUCUGACUUGAAAGAUGUCAUUAACAAAUUCCUGCAAGGACGCACCGAUGGUGUUACCGCCAAACUCAAAGUUGUCGUCUCAUUGGACUCGGCGGCGGAUCCUUCCUCGCGAGUUUUGCCGAUCAAGUUCUUCAGUCCAAGUGUCAUUAACAAGGUUCGAGAAGCCCACAAAAAGGUUCUGCCAGUCAGUGCGGAUGAUGAUGAAGACCUUAGUGGAUACAGCAUUUGUUUUGACAACAAGGAAAAUGAGGACGAAUCUGUCCAAGUGGUGAUGGAUAUUGUCAUGCUCAAUGGCGAUCCCGAGGAGCAAGACUCGAACGAACCCAAUUUCGUCAAGGAAAAACACCUCAGUCCAUUGGAGGAAUCGCUGGAAAAGAGCAUCAAAGCGGCCAAUACUGUGUUGCGAGAAAUGAAGUACAUGACGGAUAGGGAGGAACGAAUGCGUCACACUGCCGAUAGCAUCAAUCAACGAGUGCAGUACUUUUCCAUGGUUUCCGGGGUCAUCUUGCUGGGUGUUACCUAUGUACAAGUCACCUAUUUGAAGAGGUAUUUCAAGAAAAAGAAACUCAUGUAAUGAUGAGGAAAUAAUGCAACCGCCAAAGUGGGGAGAAAAUGAAGACUGGAAUGUUAGCUUUGCAGAGGCACACAUCUCUUUGGAGAGACGGAGCCACUGCCUGCUCAGAAGUCCCUUUUUAGCUAGCAUCAGCGUCUACAUGACUAAUAGAUAAUCAAAUCAAAGAGUAUUAAAAAAUAGCUAAGGUAGU